AUGCGCUGCAUUAAAAAGAGGAGGGCAGCCACUGCCCGUCGGCAGCACCUGAAGAGUGCUAUGCUCCAGCUUGCUGUCACUGAAAUAGAAAAAGAAGCAGCUGCUAAAGAAGUGGAAAAGCAAAACUACCUGGCAGAACAUUGCCCUCCUCUGUCACUCCCAGGAUCCAUGCAGGAGCUUCAGGAGCUGUGCAAAAAGCUUCAUGCCAAGAUAGAGUCAGUGGAUGAGGAGAGGUAUGACACAGAGGUGAAGCUACAGAAGACUAACAAGGAGCUGGAAGACUUGAGCCAGAAACUCUUUGACCUGCGUGGCAAGUUCAAGCGGCCGCCGCUGCGCAGGGUGCGCAUGUCCGCUGACGCGAUGCUGCGGGCCCUGCUGGGCUCCAAGCACAAGGUCUGCAUGGACCUCCGAGCCAACCUGAAGCAAGUGAAGAAGGAGGACACUGAGAAGGAGAAGGAUCUCCGUGAUGUCGGUGACUGGAGGAAGAACAUCGAGGAGAAGUCUGGCAUGGAGGGCAGAAAGAAGAUGUUUGAGGCUGGCGAGUCCUAAGCAGCCACGUCUCCACACAUGUCCUCCUCUCCCCGCUGUCCCUGCUGCCCCGCCGGGCUCAGGGGUGCUGGCUGGGUGCCAUUUCUCUCUAGCUUUGCCAAGAGCUGCAUCAUGGCAGCAGUGAUGUAAAUAAAGCUUUGGUGGGAGAGGUGGGUGUUGCC